UUAUAUAACAACACAGGUGGAGGGAGAUCUUUAGUCAAAGCUUCUUCUUCAUCAAUGGCAAUGAGACCUAUGGAUGCAAUCUUCUUCAUCCUCUCUCUAUUUCUUCUGUUCCCGUCGCCUUCCGUCUCAGAUUCGGCUACCCAGUUUUGUAGUGCAGGGAGAGAGUAUGGUGUGGGAUCUUGUAAGGUUCCAUCUUCUUCAUCGACAAGGAUUUUGAUCAAAGGAGGUACAGUUGUGAAUGCACACCAUCAACAAGUUGCUGAUGUCUAUGUGGAAGAUGGAAUUAUUGUCUCGAUGCAGCCAAACAUUAAGGUUGGGGAUGAAGUCACUGUACUCGAUGCUACUGGAAAGUUUGUCAUGCCAGGAGGCAUUGACCCCCACACUCACCUCGCCAUGGAAUUUAUGGGUACCGAGACUAUUGAUGAUUUCUUCAGUGGUCAGGCAGCAGCAUUAGCUGGUGGAACAACUAUGCAUAUAGAUUUUGUUAUACCCGUUAAUGGGAAUCUGGUGGCUGGUUUUGAAGCCUAUGAAAACAAGUCCAGAAACUCUUGCAUGGAUUAUGGCUUUCAUGUGGCAAUCACAAAGUGGGAUGAAGGUGUUUCCAAGGACAUGGAGAAAUUGGUCAAGGAAAAGGGUAUCAACUCUUUCAAAUUCUUCCUAGCAUACAAAGGAUCUCUUAUGGUCACUGAUGACCUUCUCCUGGAAGGCCUUAAAAGAUGUAAAUCCCUCGGUGCCUUGGCGAUGGUACAUGCUGAAAAUGGAGAUGCAGUGUUUGAAGGACAGAAAAGAAUGAUUGACCUUGGCAUUACAGGUCCAGAGGGCCAUGCUCUUUCAAGGCCACCUGUGCUUGAGGGAGAAGCAACUGCUCGGGCUAUUCGUUUGGCUCGUUUUGUUAACACGCCUCUCUAUGUUGUUCAUGUGAUGAGUGUCGACGCAAUGGAUGAGAUUGCUAAAGCUCGAAAAUCAGGGCAGAAGGUUAUUGGAGAGCCUGUUGUGUCUGGGUUAAUCCUCGAUGAUCAUUGGCUUUGGGAUCCUGACUUUACAAUUGCAUCAAAGUAUGUCAUGAGUCCACCUAUAAGACCAGUAGGACAUGGGAAAGCCCUACAAGAUGCCCUUUCGACAGGAAUCCUUCAGCUUGUGGGAACUGAUCACUGCACUUUCAAUUCUACACAAAAAGCUCUCGGGGUUGAUGAUUUCCGCAAAAUACCUAAUGGUGUUAAUGGCCUUGAAGAACGGAUGCACCUGAUAUGGGACACGAUGGUGGGGUCUGGCCAAAUCUCUUCUACUGAUUUUGUUAGAAUAACCAGCACCGAGUGUGCUAGAAUAUUCAACAUAUAUCCACGGAAAGGAGCUAUCCUUCCUGGCUCGGAUGCAGACAUCAUUAUAUUGAAUCCAAACUCGAGCUACGAGAUUAGCUCAAAGUCUCAUCAUUCAAGAUCCGACACAAACGUCUACGAGGGUAGAAGAGUAAAGGGAAAAGUUGAAGUGACAAUAGCGGGAGGACGAAUCGUAUGGGAAAACGAGGAGCUUAAAGUUGUGCAAGGAAGUGGCAAGUAUAUAGAGAUGCCUCCUUUCAGUUACCUUUUCGAUGGGAUUGAGAAAUCAGAUGCUAACUAUCUAUCUUCUCUUCGAGCUCCAGUUAAGCGUGUCAAGAUCUGAAGCUUCAUAAGUUGCAGCUAUCUGCGUAUACAUCAUUUCCCUUUGAUUCUAUAAAAAUAUUCUGUAAAUAACAUGAUUUCCUAUUUAAAAAAAAACGACAGAACGAUUAAUGAGUAAUGUGCGUGUAAUCUAUAUACAUUGAAACUGUAAUAGUACGUAUGUAAAAUUUUAUAUUUAGUUAAUUUUGGUCUCUGUUCUCUAUCU